AUGACUGUGAUAGGCGACCCUUCAUACGAGAAUAAUUUCUUCGAACAACUUUUCAACUCCACAUCUUCAUCCUUCGCAAGCUUUUCAAACUCUUUCAUGGGCAAGGAUGACACCGGAAAUCAGUAUCUAUCAUCUAUCGAAAUACUCUCUGGAAGACUCAAGUUGGCUAUGCAUGUGGGAUAUGAUAAUGACCAUUUAUAUAGAAAUUUACGAGGCAAAUUGGAUAAAAUGGGUUUCAUUCAGCCAUUUGGAUUGGAAUCAAUUACUUUGAUUAAUUCAUUAGUAAAUGAAUUAUUUUAUUGCCAAGAAAAGAUUACUUAUAAAGAGGAUUCUAAUGAAUUUAAACCAUCAUCAAAAUUUAUCAGUCUUAAAACACACAUGGCAUCUUUACUUAAAAAGAUAUGUGAGUUGCAUGAAACAAACUUGAUAUUAAAACAAGGACAUGAAAAGGAAAUCACUGAAUAUAAGAUAAAAACUUCCCAUUUAGAACAAGAAAAUGCUAAUUUUAGAUUCAGAGAAGCAGAAUUCAUUAAAAAUAUAAAGCAUAUUGAAUUAGAUAAUAAAGAAAAAUCAAAGUUGUUAUUAAAAUUGGAAGAAAAUAAUUUAAAAGCUGUGAUUCAAACACCAGGUGGUAAUAAAGCUCCCAUCCCUUUCAAGCAUGAAAAAAUGAUAAUUGAUUCAUUCUUACCACCUAGUGCCAAUGUAAAAUCAUCCUUGCCCCAAAAUAAUAUCACCAACUCAUCCGAGGAGGGUAGUAAAGAUAGCAUAACAGAAACAUCUUCAUUCACUAAUGCAGGUGAGGACAAGCGAAAACAUUCAAUAGAUGUUUUUAAGAUAGUUGAAAAUCAGAUUAAUACGCUGAACAAGAGGCUGAAUGAAUCGGAACUCAAAAGAAAUACAUGCCAACAAGAGUUAAUGGAUACCAAGGAAAAGUUGCGCGCAAAGGAUGAGUUGAUUGAGAGAAUGAUAGGUCCAUGCUCCAAUUUGGCGCCCGUCACUGUAGCGAAUCAGAAUGCUAAUGAAGUUGAUCUGAAUACUAGUAUGGACACAUCGAGCCUGAUAGACGAUAUACGGAUACCGAAGGCCAAUCGUGACGCCGCCUUUACGGAUGCCUUUCUUCGCAACCUCGUAAAAAAUGUCGGUCACCUCAGGCUCAAGUAUGACGACUUAAAGCGAUAUCUCGAAACACUCGAGACUGGAAAAACUGUCGACAGCAUUCGAUAUCUCGAAAAAGAGAAUGAAACCAUGGCUUUGAUCCAAGAACUUGAGAGCAUAGGGGAAAAAACUAGGAAUAUGCGUUUAGGGUUGGCACCUAAGGGCACGGAAUUGCCUGACGAUGAUGAAACAAACAUGGGAGCGCAAGAAAGUCGAGAGGACGAAGUUGCACCUAAGGAUAGUGAUGAUUCGUCCAAGAGUGGGAAAGAUAACAAAAAUGAUACGGAUUUGAUAUUGAAGGAAAAGGAGAAAGAAAUAGAAAAUGUCACCAAGCUUUACAAGAGGAACUUGGAGAGCAAAACAAAUCUAUCCUUUCGAAUCAAUCAACUUUUAAAACACGAAAAAGAUUUGUUACAGGAAAUCGAAAAAUUGCACCACAAAACAUUCCUCAGGACACCGGGGUAUUGCAGUACCAAGAGGCAAACUUUAAAAAAUAAAGUAGAUACUUUAAUUUCCGAUCUAGAGAAGGACAGAAAUUUUUACAAAGACGAAUACUUGUUUUUAUUAAAAUACGUCGAUAACAACUUAUCCAAAAAAUUGGAACCUACCAAGACUCACCCGACUGCGGUAGAGAUUGAAAUGGAUUUGAGCGAUUUGGAUGAAGGGAUAAAGGAUAAACCUCCGAGAUCUUACAAAAUCAAGCACAGUUCCUAUAAGCUUGAAGUCAAUAGUGCGGACGAGUUUUCCGCUUUUGAAAAAUUGAUCAAAGAAAAAGACGAUUUACAAUUCCUGCUAGAACGCAGCGAGAAGGAAAGGAAAGAACUACAAACGUUAUAUAAUGAGGUUAAAGAUGGCUCUAACUCCAAGCAAAAACUCGAGAUGGAACUGCAGGUGUCGAAUUUAAUAAAAGUGGCCGAACUCUUAAGCGAAGAUCGGAAUGCUUUGAAUGGAAAGUUGAAGAAUGCACAAGAAGAAUCUCAGGAACUUAAGUCACAAUUGGAGAGUGAACACGAAAAUUUACACAAUUUACAGAAUUUGAUGGCGCAAACUGAUUCUCAAUCUCACGAGAUUAGAACUAAGAGCGUUUCAGUAGUCGAAUUGCACAAAGCUCACAAAAUCAUUAAAGAAUUGGACCAAAAAUUUGAAUUAAGCCAACUUCGAUUCCAAGAACUUCAAGCUGAAAAAUCUUCACUCACAGAAGAUUUAGUGGAAAAAGAAAGAACUCUUGUUUCGUUACAUUCCACGAUGAAAAAAUUGGAAAGUCGAAUUGAUUCGGCCAUUCGACUCAACGAAACGCGGACCGAAGAAUUACGCAAAAUGACGGAACUCCAACGUGUCACCUCGGUCAAUGGCGAGAGAGAUCGUAGAGCCUUCCUCGAGGAGAAUAAAAUUCUUAGGGCAGACAUUCAUAGCCUCACAAUCGAGCACAAGAAAUUAAGUGAAGAGCUCGAUACCACCAGCAAAGAAAAUAGGGAACUCAAAGAGAGAUGUGAUUUUAUGGAAACACAAAUUAAAUCGCUCGAGGAAAUUUUGAUGGCUAAAGAACAAGAAAAAUGUGGGUUUAUCGAACAAUGCAAAGGAUUAGAAAAACAAAUAGGCAUUUUGAUUACUCAAAGGAAAAAUUCGGAAAACGAACUCACUAAUUUGAGGCUUGAAUUGGUAUACAAGGACCGCGAAUUGGAACAACACUUGUUAAUUUCUGAGGCGGGAAAAUCUGAAUCCGCCGAAGCUAUGACGUCACACGCGACGGCUGAGUCCAUGACAUCGCACGCAUGCGCUCUUGAAAAAGCGGCGAAUGAGCGGAGCCAAGAGGUACAACGCCUCAAGCUGGACUGUCGCCGCCUUGAGACUAUUUGUCAUGAGUCGCGGGUUGCUCAAUUCUCACUUCAAGCCGAGCUCGAUAAGAAAAUCUCCGAUGCCCUACAACUGACCAAAACGGUGGAAGAUUUUAAACGCGACUUUCGUCUGCUUCGUGUAGAGGUAGAGAGUAGACGUCAAUCUGUCAAGACGUUGGAAGAAGUCAUCACAUGCUCAAGGAAGCGGGAGACUAAUUUACUCAAUCAAAUACGUAAAUUGGAACUCAAGACCAAGCAAUUGAAGGACGCCAACGAAUCCCUAACUAGACGAACGACUCAGACUAUCGACCUCACUGGUCCCCUUUCGACCGAAACAUGCACCCACCGAGAAUAUUCUCGCGAUAACAAUCACGAUAAAAGUUCUCGAAGAGCCCAGAACGCAUCUUCCGUCACACCAUCCGCUCCGCCUAUUAUAGUCCACGAUGAAAACACUGACUAUAGAAUGCGAUAUUUAGAAGAUCCGUCUCGCGAUACCGACAACGUGUUUGAAAGUAACGAUUCCGACCCCAAAAAACGCCACAAACAAGGCCAGCUUGCAAAUGGCAAAUUUAACGCUAAAGGGCGCGAUGUAGGGAAAACUGGCUACAGCUCAUCUUCUCCCUUUUCAUCUCCCCCGUCAUUUUGAGAACGUGAUAGCAGAGAAAAUAGUUGACUAAAUAAUAUUAAAAGCUGAAAGGCUUUAAAGAGAUGAUUGACUAUAUUGUUAUCUAUAUUAUUUACAUGAUAAAAUUAAAUUUUUCAUAAAUUAUAUUAAUGUAAGGGUGAAUAUUAUAUAAUUUGCCUGUUGUUACUUAC